AUGGCAAACAAAACUCACUACGAGCUCCUGGGCGUGAAGCCCGAGGCCACCCUGCAGGAGAUCAAGAAAGCCUACCACCGCCUCGCCCUCAAGAUUCACCCUGACAAUAACCCGAAUGACGCGAACGCCAAGACAAAAUUCCAGCAGCUGCAGCAGGUGAUGGAGACGCUCUCCGACCCCGACUCACGGGCCCGAUACGACGCACGGAUAAGGAGCACGGCCAGUCGGGCCAAGGCUCCGGGGAGGAAGCCUUCCUACUCGGCCUCCUCUUUUUCGGCUUCCUCCUCCUCGACAUCCAACAGUCAAUACAGCCACAUGGCUGACGUCAAGGAGAUCACCGAGCACUGCGAACACAAACUUGCCAUCUUCUCCCUCUCCGCCCACACGGCAAGGACCGGCAGCAUGGACCUCCCCGUGAUCAAGAAGCAGCAGCUCAAGAUGGGCACCGUGCUGGGCGUGGGCAAGUACGGCACGGUGUACCGGGGGCGCCUGACGCUCCCCCGGGGCGGGACGGUGCCCGUGGCCGUCAAGAAGCCGGAGAACAACCCCGAGCUGCUGGCCAAGACCUCCGAGGAAGCGGGUGUGCUGCAGGAGCUGGAGGGCGAGGCGGCCGUGCUCCGGCUUUACGGGCUGAUGGCAGACUCUCCCCCGUGCAUGGUGAUGGAGCUGUGCCCGGGGGAGCGGCUGGAGGACUGCCUGGGCCGCGGCAGGGUGCGCGCCUGCCUACUGGCCCUUGUGGAGGUGUGCGGCGUGGUGCGGCGCCUGCACGCGCUGGGCAUCGCCCACGGCGACAUCCACGAGGGCAACGUGCUGGUGGACGCGUCCGGCGAAGGGGUGCGCGCCUUCCUGUUGGACUUCGGUCUGGCGGCGCGGGGCGCGGACCCCGGCCAGCAGGAGAAUGACGUCAUCGACAUAGCGUGCACGGCCCUGCAGGUCAUCCCUGACACGGAGCGUUUCUCUGACCUCCGACAGAGCCUUGAAGAUGCCCCUGACCUCAACGAGGUCACUGCUCUCCUGCGACAAGUUCUGGAGGAGGAUGACUUCAAAGAAAAGGCCUCGAAACCCUCCAAGGACGAAGCGAAGAAUGAGUCCAAGAAGCAAAAGAAGAAAAAGAACAAGAAAGGACCGUUCUACAAGCACUAA